GUGGGUAAGUUUGUCUCGCUAAUACAGUCACAAUGGUCCGGGCGUUUCAUAUUCUGGCAACGUUGCUUGCUCUACAACUCAGUUAUGGAAAUCCCCAACCUGGAUAUCCUGUUCAUCCUCAUUUCCCACCUGAAAAUUGUGAACCGUAUCCAGUGCACUGUCCUUACCCAAUACCUGAACCAGUAUGUGAAAUUCCGGUAAUACCACCACCACACUGUCCUCACCCAAUACCCGAACCAGCCUGUGAAAUUCCUGUAAUACCAUCACCACACUAUCCUCACCCAAUAAUCAAACCAGCAUGUUAAAUUCCUGUAAUACCACUACUACACUACCCUCAUCCAAUACCCGAACCAGCAUCUGAAGUUCCUGUGAUACCACCACUACACUACCCUCAUCCAAUACCUGAACCAGCCUGUGAAAUUCCUGUAAUACCAUGACCACACUACCCUCACCCAAUACUUGAACCAGCAUGUUAAAUUCCUGUAAUACCACCACUACACUACCCUUAUCCAAUACCCGAACCAGUAUGUGAAAUUCCUAUAAUACCACUACCACCAAAUCUCCCACAUAGCCGACCAAUCUUGGAGUAUGAUGAUUGUGAAUAUCCGUAUCGUGGAUAUCCUUAUGGCCCCGUAAAUCAUGGUCCACUUCCACUACACCUACCACAUGCAGGACCAUUACAUCUUGUUACCUAGUCGAGAAUUUGUUGGAAAAAGGACCAGUAAAAAUAAUAAACUCAUAUUUUUUGCCGAAGAAAUUGAAAAACUAUCACCUAAAUUUUCAGCUGCUGGAUUCUUUCAGAUCAAUAGAACCAUUUUGUCUGUGCUCUUUUCAUCACUUGUGUCUUAUUUUAUAAUAAUUAUCCAGUUUAAUUCUUCAUUCUAAGCUUUGUCAGGUAUUAGGAAAUAAUGUUUAGUUCGCAUAAGUUGGUAUCAUGACUUAUAUUUUAUUGAAUAUGUACUAAAAUAUAAAUG